AUGAUUAGCACAUAUUCAACAAAUUGGACUGAAACACCAAGCUGGUUUCCUUCCGUGGAAAUCAACACAGACUAUCGAUCCAGUCUCGUGGCCAUGAUGAUAUUUCUGGCGCUGAUACUACUAUUCAUGCUGAUCCUUCUGUGUUUGCCUAAAUCCGCACAGGACACAGUGAUUCGAUGGAUUACUCGGCAAAAUCCCGAUCAAUCUUUCAAUUAUAUUGAUGUGGGUCUGUAUAAAACACGGCAUUCCAUGUACCGAAAAGAAGUAUAUUCCCUCGCCAUGCAAACGAAUCGGAGACGUCCGGUCCGCACGAAAAUUCCCUCAUUAGCACCAUCUUUAUCGGUUUCAGAACGCCUGAAACAGCAUUUUGACGUAACAAGCACUGGUCUUGGCAACAGUUACAGUGCAAGCCCUGAUAGAUUACCAGAUACGGAGCUGGUUGAUGUACUACAGCGAGGGGAUGCUCAACCGGUUCGAGUAUCCGUGGGGCACAAGAAACCGGAAUUGGUGGUGACUCUAAUCACAAGUGAAACUGCACCUAUAGAAUCCGGUCAAAUGAUUUCACACUGUUCCCAAGUCGAUGAUCAGUUUAAUGAGCAUAUUCGAUCUGAUGAAGAGAGUGCCAAAUCUUCGCUAGACAGUUGUUUAGACGAGAGUGGCAUGAACGAGCUGGAUGCCUGUACCCACUCAUUUCCACCUAUGAAGUAUUCCAAUGCAAAAGCCAAAAGUACAACACGCAGGUCUUCACUGGUCUCAAAGAGUGCACCAUCUAUAGAAAAAUGA